CGCAGGCGCGGCGCAACGUUUAUAAGGCCAGACAUCACAGUCCGAGACACUCACCCACACUCAUUUACCAUGGCUGAAAAAGACAAGCAGCAUUACCUCGACGCCGAGAUGUCGUCGGGCGCGCCGACCCCAUACAAGGAGCAGUCGCUUGAGGACUUGGACGUCGUUCCCUUUGAGGAGCUCAGCGAGGAGGAGAGGAAGGCCGAGCGCUGGUUCCUCUGGAAGCUCGAUAUCGUUUUCACUUUAGUUGGAUUCCUCGGUUACAUUUUCAAAUACGUUGACCAGGUCAACAUUGCCAACGCCUACGUUUCCGGCAUGAAGGAGGAGAUCAACAUUGUCGGCAACCAAUACAACUACUUCACGACGCUCUUCAACUGUGGAUAUGUUGGCGUCAUUUACAUUUCGUGUAUCGCCGUGUCGCACUUUGGCCCGCACUACUGGCUGCCAAGCGCCGAGCUUAUUUGGGGCGUUAUGACUUGCUGCCUCUCCCUCGUCACCAACUACAAGCAGAUUUACGCGCUGCGCUUCCUGAUCGGCUUCGCCGAGGGCACCGCCUGGCCCGGUUACAUCACCGUCAUGUCGCAGUGGUACAUGCCACAGGAGGUGGCGCUGCGCAUGGGCUUUUUCACGUGCGCGCAGUCGAUUGGCUCCAUGUUCGCGGGCAUCAUGCAGGGCGCGCUGAGCACAACGCUCGACGGUGCCCUCGGCCGCUCCGGAUGGCGCUGGGGCUUCAUCGUCAACGGCGUGUGCACCAUCUUUGUCGCUCUUCUUGCGUACUUCUCCAUUCCCGGCUUCCCGGACAAGCCCAACCCGCUCGCUAAGUGGUACCUUUCAGACAAGGACUACGAGAUUGCGCGCCGCCGCACGGCGCGCGUCAAACGCGAGCCCCUCAAGCCCAUCAACGCCCGCUCGUUCCUCAAGGCCUUCAAGUACUGGCAGCUGUGGGCCAUUGCGAUCACAUGGGCGUUCGGUUACAACAUCGCUCCCUCCAACUACUUCAACCUGUGGCUCAAGUCGCUUAAGCUCCCGGACGGCUCUCCGCGCUACACGAUUGCGGAGCUCAACUACCUUCCGGUUGUCGGCUUCUCGCUGCAGCUCGUGGCAACGGUUGCGCUCUGCUGGCUGUCCGACUGGCUGGGUGUUCGCCUCCCUUCGCUCCUGAUCCACGCGGCGAUCAACCUCGCCUCCGAAAUCAUCCUCACCAUCCGCCCAGAAAAUCGCGUUACCUACAUGAUCGGUUGGUACCUCAACUAUAUGGGCAACGUGUCGUACGUCCUCCUCGCCGCGUGGGCGACAACGUUCCUUGCACACGCGCCAGACGUGCGGACGAUCACCAUCGCCACGGGCACAAUCAUGGCAUAUCUCAACAACGGGUUCAUCACGCUGUGGACGUACCCAGCGAAGCAGGCGCCGAAUUGGGCCGUCGGUGCCAAGUUCUACCUGGUGUCCAUGGCUGUGUGCACGUUCGGCUUCAUUGCCAUCGCGUGGGGCCUGCGCUUCGAGGAGCGCAAGCGUCUACGCCGCGAGGGGCACCACGUUCCCAAGCCUCACCCGCUCGCGUUCUUCUGGACGUAAUGGGCUCGUCACAGAAUAUAUUAGAUGGGAAAGACUGUAUAAGGGA